UUUAGUUUUUCAAGACAGUUUCUCUGUGUAGCUUGGGAACCUGUCCUGGAACUCCCUAUGUAGCCCAGGCUGGCCUCGAACUCACAGAGAUCCGCCUGCCUCUGCCUCCCAAGUGCUGGGAUUGAAGGCGUGCGCCACCACCACCCGUCAUCUUAGUCUUUUCAAUCAGCAGAAUUUAGAUCUAUAAUUCGGUUUACCUUCAGCCAUUUACCAAUUCAUUUUUUUGGAUUUUUCACUUUUACCUAAAUUCUCCAUAUAUUAAACAUCAAUGUUUAAUAAAAUGAAGAAAUAAAAUUCAAAGAUAAAUCAGGAAGUUAACUAAUUGUUGAUUUAUCAUACUCUUCCUUACAAAUAUUUUACUAUUUUGUGUUUGUGGGUGCUAUGUCUGCAUGUAUGUGUUUGCACUACGUGCGUGCCUGGUGCCCACAAACCAGAAGAGAGUCCAGUCCCUUGGGACUGGAGUUACAGAUGGCUCUGAGCCACCAUAUGGAUGCUGGGGAUCAAACCCAGGUCCUCUGGAGGAGCAGCCAGUACUUCUAACCACCGAGCCUCUGCUCCAGGCCCAGAUUAAUUAUAUUCUAUAUGGAAAAAAAAAAUACACACAUCCCCAAACCAGGACUUGUAAGAGACUAACACAAAUUUUUAAGGAAUUAGGUAAACACAGGAAAGAGUAACAAGCCAUGAGCGAAAGAGUCAUUGUAUGUUAAAUACUAAGUAUUUAGUGGAGUCUGUGCUGUCUGAGAAUUUGCUGCAACAAGCCAACCAGCUUAAUCUCUCUAAAACUCUUUAUGUUUCCGUGUCCAUGUGACUUUUUAAAAAGCUUAGCUGGGAUUACACCAUCUGUUGUACUGUUCAUGUCUUCAUAGUCUGUCCACAGAGAAGCUCUCCUGGAAAUUAGAAGGUAAGUACAAACUGUGUCUUAUUUCCAGUUAGCUUCUUUUUUAAAUGAUAUGUUUAAAAAUGCUUCUUUCAGCUGAUUCAUGUUUCUGCUUUACCUUAUGAGUUAACUUGAAUGAGCUGUGUACUUUUGUAUAUAUCCACACAGAAGUUCCUGAGUGCCACACCUGGCUGCUGCUGAAGAUUUUGUUUCCAAAGCAAAUUCCAUUUGGCUUUGGAAUAAACUUGUUUUCACAUAAUCUCUGAAGCAAAGAUGGAGGCGUUUGAGGCAGGUGGUGUUUGACUUGUAUAACGCACAUCAGUAGGUAGUUUCAGCUUGAUUGAUUCAUGUGAGGAUGAGGAAGCCAGGAUUGGAGCUGUACCCUUUGGGAGAUGGCUUUUGGUUUUCCAUUUUCCAGGUAUUGUGACUUAGGUGCUAAGAGCAUAAAAAGGAGUGAACAGAAUUCCUGCUUUCCUGGUGUUGAGGGAAAUAACAACUUUUUGAAAGCUUUCUCCAUCUUUCUCCUUCUAGACUAGCUUUCACUGAUACCGUAGCUGCACUGGUAGAGUUCUUUGUUGUCACUGUGAUGGUGCUACUAACACAUCUGUAUUUUCAUUGUCCAGAUGUUUCAUACAGAGUGCUCGUGGAUGCUAAGAAAUAUCCUAUAACCCCACAGAGAACACAGGUUAAAUGGAAGAUGGCCAUUAAUACAACAAUGCAAAGCUGUUUUGAGUAUUUAGAGGGCUCUGUGAGAUCACAAAGUAGGAACUGACUUCAGACAGAUAGCACAUUUAAGUGAGGUUAUAUAAACUGUCAUGUAGUAAGAGUAAGUUGCUGUUCCAUCUACAUGUGUGUCCUGGUUCACAGAGUACACUAAGGGUCAGAGUAAAGGGGGGGGGGGGGGGAGCUGGGAAUGUAGUUCAAUUGGCACAUGCUUACCUAGCAUGCAUGAAACCCUGGCUUCAGUCCCCAGCACCCUAUAAAACCAGAUCCCACACUUAGGAGGUGAAGGCAAGAAGAUCAGAAGUUGAAGGCCAUCCUCGGCUGUUUAGAAAUUCAAGGACAGUCUGGAGGACUCAAAACUGUCUCCAAAAGUGAUUAGGAAAGAUGACUGAAAGCUGCCCUUGGAGAAAGCUGCUUUGAGCAGGUGACGUUUCAGCUCUGGGGGAGAAAAGUUUUUAAUUGUUGAGAAGAGAGAAAAACAUAGGCAGAGUCAGGAGUAGCGGUGCAGAGGUGCUGUGGGGUCAAGGGACCAUGGCAGGUGAAGGCUACUCUGGCUGGAGUUACGUGGGGAAGAAUCAGCCUAGUGCUGGGUGUGGUGGUGUAUUCCUUUAAUUCCAGCACUUCAGAGGAAGAGGCAGGCAGAUUUCUGUAAGUUCAAGGCCAGCCUGAUCUACAGAGUGAGUUCCAGGGCAGCCAGGGCUACAUAGAGAAACCCUGUCUCAAAAGGACGACAACACACACACACACACACACACACACACACACACACACACACACACACACACACAAUCAGUCUAGCUAUUGCAAGCCUUCAGAAUUUUAAUUCUUAUUUGGAAAGCACCUGAGAACUAUGGAAAGGGGAAGAAUGGUGGCGUAGUUUUGUGGUUUGAAAUGAUCACACUUCUGUGUGUAGAACAGAAAUGCAAUAGUAGCACAAGAGAGGUUAACUGGAGGUGAGCUGCUCAGUGAGUAACACCAGCUUGGAUUCCCGUGUUAGCCAUGGAGGUGCCACAGACAGACUCUUAAACUUGGCAGAGGAUUUGAGAUGGGAGGUGGUAAAGGAAAGUGUUAGCACCCUGCAACAGCUCAUCAUACCUUGAGACAAAGACCUCUGGGGAGGAAAUUGGUUUGGGGGAAAAAAGGUGAAAUUCACUUUGUGUGUGUUAAAUUAGAGGCACUCUAAGCUUCUUGGGAGGUACCUUGCAGGCAGGUGUUUGAGUUUGAUCUCCUAAGAGACAGGGAGAAGGUGGGAAUUGUUGGCAGGUAAUUGAAGCUCUAAGCAAGGAUGAAGUCAUGUAGAGUACAGUGGGAAGUCAUUCCUUGCUAGGCCCACACCUAGGUCAGUCACUACAGCUUUCUCCAGUCUCCAGCCCCCUACUUGGAUUUGCCCAAUGGGCACAUUAGCUGGGAAUUGAGAAGUCUGGAUUAUAUAGUUUGUUGAAGCACAUCCUUGCUUUCUUUGUAUACUCCACCCCAUCCCGGCACCUCAGGGCUUUCUCUGCCACUUACUGAUUGGAGUCAGAACUCAGCUCAAAACUUAAAGCCCUUGGGGCUAGAGAGAUGGCUCCGUGGUUAAGAGAACUCACUGCUCUUCCAGAGAACCCAGGUUCAAUUCCCAGCACCUAUAUGGCAGCUCACAAAAGUCUGUAGCUCCACUUCCAGGAGAUUCAUCCAAUACCUUCCUCUGACCUCAGGAAACACACACACACACACACACACACACACACACACACACACACACACACACUAAAUUAAAUAAAUAAAUAGGAAACACAAUAAAUAAAUAAACAAACAAAUAUAAAAAUAAAGUCCUCCCAAGCAGGACCCUAAUCUACCCUGAAUCUCGCUGCAGAGUGCACAUGCUGUUCACUCACUUGUGACCCUCUCACCCCACCCUGCAGAUUCCUGUAUCUGCUGUCUGUCUGCUACUGUUUCUUUUCUGAAUACCUGCUCUUUGAUCCUUUUUCUGCUCACAAUCCAUCCUUCUACCCUUUGAUACCCAAGUUAAACCCCAUGUAUUUCCUAAAGCUUUCCCAAGCCCCAUGAGGACUAGGCUGCCUCUUCUGGAGGCACUCCCUGAUGCAUUUUAGGGUGUUAUAACUAGCUCCGAUCCACUGUGGCCUUUGCUGUUCUUCAGAAAGAGACCCUCAGACUCUCCAAACUAGAAGCCAGUUCAGGGCUGUGCAGAAAACAGUUAUUAAGGAUGCAGAUGUCAAGUGGAAGAUGGGAAGAGGGAUUGUUAUGUCUGUAUCUCAAGUGGACAAGAAUUUACUCUGGAGCUUCAAUAGAAUCUGGGAUUUUCCUUCUCUGUAAUUCCAAAUUCAAGGGUAGCUGAGACUGAAAGAUAAAUCUGAGGAUGUUAAAACCUGCUUAGCUUUCCUGAGCCUCCUGUAACAUCCUUAGGCCUCACAGGUACCCAGUAAAAAUGAGCCGACAAGGCAGAUUUUACCCCAAGACUUGUCUGAUCUUGCCCAUAGAGGGGCCUAAGUUGCCACUCGCUGACACGCAGUGACAGGAUUCAGCAGGAAGAGACGAGUCCAAAAGGCUGGGAGACACCGUCAUGAGAAGAAUUAGAUUGGGGAGGAGAUGAGGGAAUUAAGGGCUUUGGCCACCUGCCCUCACUUGACCUGUCUGCUCCCAGAUUACCCACCCAACAUCUCCACGUGAGGCUGUCCUGUUGGGAACAGGAUGACCACACAGUGACCCCAAGCAGCAGGGCUUUGUGUCACCCUGCCAGGGCUGACCGAUUGUUUGGGGCCAGAAGCAUACCCUGGGCCUGGCUCCUGACUGUUACUAAAAUGCCGGGCUGUGAUCAGGAAUUUAGUUUACAUUAUAGGUAGUUGUGAGCUUGAAUUCCAUGUGGAAGAGUUUUAUUUUGUUUUCCAAAGAUAGUGAACUCAUUAUUAAACCCUGUGUAAAAGACAAGUGAUCUGAAGAUGCACUUUUAAUUGUAGAAUUUCAGCCUUGGUAGAUAAUGGGCCCGUCCUGAUUGACAUCCUUACCAACAGUGCAUGAGAGUUACAGACAUUCACAUCUUCAACAGCAUGUCAUGGCCAGGCUUUAAUCUGAACUAUUCAUGACUGAUGUGUGGGUCACUGUUUGACUUUCUUUUUUUAAAGGUAGGUUUAUUUAUUUAUUUAUUUAUUUAUUUAUUUAUUAUGUAUACAGUGUUCUGACUGCAUGUAUACCUCACUGUUUGACUUUCUUUUUUUAAAGGUUUAUUUAUUUAUUUAUUUAUUUAUUUAUUUAUUUAUUUAUUUAUUAUGUAUACAGUGUUCUGACUGCAUGUAUACCUGCAGGCCAGAAGAGGGCACGAGAUCUCAUUACAGAUGGUUGUGAGCCACCAUGUGGUUGCUGGGAAUUGAACUCAGAACCUCUGGAAGAACAGUCAGUGCUCGUAACCUCUGAGCCAUCUCUCCAGCCCACUGUUUGACUUUCUAUACCCAAUGACUAAAGAGGUUAAAUAUUACAUCCUUUAUCAAUUGGCCAUUUGGAUAUCCUCCUAAGGACAUUUUAAAACUUCCUAUUGUUUGUAGAAGUUCAUUGUGUAGGCUGAAUAUGAGUCCUUUGUUAGGAGAUAUUUUGCAAAUAUCAUCUCCCGUUCUGUAGUUGUCUUUAAACUCUGAUGACUAAGACUUCUAACUUUAAUCCCAUUUAUCAGUAUUUUCUUUGUGGUUAGCCUUUUUUUCUUUGUGUGUAUCUAUAUACAUGUGAUACUGGGGAUUAACUGAGGGCUUCCUGCCUGCUACAUAAGCACUCUACCAUUGAGCUCUGUAGCCCCACCCUCUUUACUUUUAUAUUAAGACAGAGUCUUCUAAAUUGCUGAGGCUAGACUUAAACUCAUUCUGCAGCCCAGGUAGGCAUUGAACUUGUGAUCCUCUGCCUCAGUGUUCUAAGUAGCUGGGAUUAGAGACCCAUGUCACCAAGACCGGCUCUGUAACAUGAGUCUUUUGUAGACUUCUCUAAGAUACCUUCAUCUUGGGAGUCCAUGUCUGCCCUAAGAGCACAGACCUCAGAGUCCUCCACUGCCAGUCCACACCAGUCACCCAGUUCUCCAUGGGUGAUGUCAUGGCUACAUUUGUAAAAUCAGCUUCACCAGCAACCAUGCUCCCCAGAAGUCUUUACCUCCAUCUUGAGCUGCCUGCAAUACCAGAGUGUGAUGGUGGACUUGAGCCAAAAGGACUCAUAUGUGGGUGUUGAAGGCCAGAGCAAGAGAAGCAUCCUGACCCUGAAGUAUCCCAUGGAGCAAGGCAUUGCUACCAGCUGGGACCACGUGGAAAUGAUCUAGCACCAUACCUUCUACAAUGAGGUGUGUGUAGCCCCCAAGGAGUACCCCAUGUUGCUCUCUGAGGCCCCCCUGAACUCUAAGAACAACCAUGAAAAGAUGACCCAGAUCUUGUUCAAAACCUUUGACACCCAAGCCACUGAAUGGCCAUUCGGGAAAUGCAGUCCUUGUACAACCCUGGUGGUAACACCAGCAGCAUGAUGGACUCUGGAGGCAGUCACCUGCACUUUAUUUUUGUUUUUAUAAUAGUCAUUGUGCCCCCCUUUUUUGUUCCCCCAAUUUGAGAUUAUGAAGGCUUUGGUCUUCCUGGCAGUGGGUGGAGAUGUUGAAGCAUCCAAAGGCUCACCUGCACACUGACUUGAGACCAGUUUCAUAAAAAUGAACACCUUACAAACAAGUAGAAGUGUUUGUUUGGGGCUAGAGAGAUGACUCGCCUGUUAUGAACACUUGCUGCUCUUUCAAAGAACCUGGGUUUAGUUCUCAGCACCCACAUGGUGGUUUACAAUAGUAACUCCAGUUCCAGGGCAUCUGAUGCUCUCUUCUAGUGUUGAAAAGCACUAGGCACACACAUAUGCACAACACACAGGCAGGUAAAACACUCAUAAAAUUAAAAAAACACUUAUUCAACAUGAUUGCAUACUCUUAUCUUUAAAUUAUAUGUACACACACACACACACACACACACACACACACACACACACACACAUACUGGUUUUUGAGUUGUUUGGGUUUUUUGUUUUGUGUUUUUUUACUGUUGUUUGUUUUGGAUUUUAGAGACCGUUCCUCUGUGUAGCCCUGGCUAGCCUGGAACUCGCUCUGUAGACCAGGCUGGCCUCGAACUCAGAGAUUUGCCUGCCUCUGCCUGCCUCCAGUGCUGGGAUUAAAGGUGUGUGCUAAAGCUUUGUUGUUUUAUCUUUACCAUUUGCAUCUAGAACUGUAGGAUUGAAUUUAGGUAUGAUGUGAAGUAGAGGUCAGUUUUUACAUCUAGAACUGUAGGAUUGAAUUUGUGUAUGAUGUGAAGUAGAGGUCAGUUUUUACAUCUAAAACUGUAGGAUUGAAUUUGUGUAUGAUGUGAAGUAGAGGUCAGUUUUUACAUCUAAAACUGUAGGAUUGAAUUUAGGUAUGAUGUGAAGUAGAGGUCAGUUUUUUUUCCAGUUCUAAGGUUCAUUUAAGCUAAGCAAGUGCGCUACCACUGCGCUAUACCUUCAGACCCAAGAUUGCUUCAUUUCUCUCUCCAGAUGGAUAUCAGGUUGAUCCAGAACAUUUACUGAGCAGUCUUUUCUACUCUUCUGCAGAGCAAACUGUCGUUAAUCAAGGGCCUGUAUUGUGUGGCUGUCUCUGGAUUAUUUCUGUUCUUCUGGUCUGUUUGAAGGGCACUGUGUCAUCACCACACAUUUCUUUCUGUUUGCUGGCUUGUUGUUUGGGGGGUUUUAUUGUUUGUUUUCUUUAGUUUGGGGGAAAGGGUCUCACUAUGUAGCCCUGACUAGCUUGGACCUCAGUAAGUGGACCAGGCUGACCUUAGACACACAGAGAUUCUCCUGCUUCUGCCUCCAAGUGCUAGAUUAAAGGCAAUCUCUGGUAGUCUGUCUCUCUCUGCAGUCUGUCUCCCCUCUUUCUCCUUUCUCAUUUGUUUUUUGCUUGUUUUGUUUUUAUGAUUGCACUGGGACUAGGGAGAUGGCUCAGUGGCUAAGAACACUUCCUAUGCUUACAGAGGCCCAACGUUAGACUCCAAUCCCCAUGUUGAGCAGCUCAUAACACUCUUACCUCUGUGGGAACCUGUGCACAUAUCACUUACAUUCAUGUAGAUGCACAUACACAUUAAAAAACGACUACCCUGGAUUUUCUUGGUUCUUUGUAACCCAUUUAAUUUUAGAAUUAGCAUGCCAGUUUACACCAAAAAAUGUGAUAGAAUUAUGAUCUUUGGGAUCUACAAAUCAGUUUGUAGAGAAUUAUAUACUGAAGUUUAUCAUCUUCCAGCAGGCUAUGUUCCUCCAUUUAAUCUAAUAGCUUUUGGUUUUCUGUAUAGAGGUCUUACACAUACUGUGUUAGAUUAAGUCCUUUGUGGAUAUAAUAUAUAAUAUAUAAUAGCAAUAAACACCAAUGGUCUAUUUUUAAAAAUUCAAUCUUAAAUUAAAAAAAUUCUUUUACAUGGUUUAUUGUUCACGUAUAAGGAUGCAAUUUACUUUGUAUGUUGACUGCAUAGCCAACGUCCUUUCUAAACUGUUACGAAUUCGUAGAGUUUGCUCAUAGAUUCUUUUGGAGUUUUCUCCUGUAACUGUGAUCUACCAAAAUGGUUGUUUCCUUCCUUUGCAAUCUGUAUGUGUAUUAGUUUUCUUCCCUUCUUGCAUAAGCUACUAUCUGGUGCCACAUGGGACAGAAGAGAAGGUGUAUGACGCCCUGUUUCACCGCAGCCUUGAGGACAUCGCUCAAUAUUUCGCUUUGAACAGGGUGUUUGCUGUAGAUGGUUGGGGAUAUUCUUCACUAGGUUGAGGAAGUUGCCUUUUAGUCCUAAACUGCUAUGACUUAAGGCUUUUUUUUGUGGGUUUUGUUUUUGUUUGGGGGUUUGUUUUUGUUGCUCUGGGUAUCAAGCCCAAAGCCUCAUGAAGAUCAGGCAAACCCUGUCCCAUUGGCUAGUAUCCUAGCCCCAUGUUUCUUAAAAUUAAUAGAGAGAGGGUUGCUUGCUUAGGAAAGCAAAGCUCUGGGUUUGGACCUCCCUGCACUCCAGAAAAAAGAAUAGAGCCGCUCAGCCAGAGAGAUUGCUGUGUGGUAAGAACACUUCCUACUUUAAAAGGACCAGAGUUCUGUUCUAGCACCCAUGUCAGGCAGCUUAUGGUCAAACUACUUGUAACUCCAGCUCCAGGCCAUCCUGAGUCUAUGGAGCUGUGCAGUUAUACAAUUUCUCCACUUUAUUUUGUUCUUUAAAAAAAUGCUGCAUUUAUUUAGUGUGUGUGUGUGUGUGUGUGUGUGUGUGUGUGUGUGUGUGUGUGUGUGUAGGUCAGAGGAUAACUUGCAGGAGAAUGGCACAGGAAAAUAAUUGAAAAAACAUCUUACAAUGUUUUAAGUAAGUUUAUAGUUUUGUAUUGGACUUUAUUCAUAGCUAUCUUUGGGGUGCAUGCAGCCUGUGGGCACAGCUGGGACAUGCCUGGUAACGCAUGACUUCGACAUAAAACAAUAUGGAUGCUCUGGGUUCUACUCAUUUCUUCCCUGUACAGCACUGGCCACUUCUUCUUUUCCUUCCAGCUGUGGGGGCCUCUACACAGGGGAGUGUGGCCUGAGGCUCAUUCUGAGGACUCUACGCCCUCUCCCUGCCAUUGGUCUUCUGAGACAGCUCCACCAUUCUCUGGCAGGAUGAACGCCCUUGAUGGUGUCUCCUUCAAGGUGCCCAAGGGCUUUGCGAUGGACACAGAGCCCCACCCUGCUCCAGAGCUCAGUCUCCCGGACUGUAGAGAGCUUCUGCUGGGCUCCAUGUAUGACUUCAGCCUGGAAAGGAAGGCUCUCUUCUGGGUGGAAGCAGCCAUCCGAGGACCUUGUCCCCAACAAUGUAAUGACCCGGGGAUUGCAUCAGCCCCUCCAGCCUGGUUCUUACUGGUCAGUCCAAAUGACAGUCUGGUCCCUGCACCUGCUGAAGUCAGAGGCCCAGAGGCUGUACUACAAGAACCUCCCGAGGAGGAAGAAGAGGAGGAAGAAGAAGAAAUAGGGGAGAAGAGGGAUGAGGAAGAUGCCUCCUCUGCCAGCGAGGAGGAGAUGGACUCCAGCAGCCCUCAGCCCGGCUCCCCUACAGGCCAUCGCCGCUACUCCCUGGAUGUGCUGCGAAACAUGAGGUCUGAGCUGGCUGGUGCCCGGCGCCGGCUCUCGGAGAGCAGACUAGCCACGUGUCCUCGAGCCCUUCUGCACCGCUUCCGAGGCCACCGCACUCUGAGCCUGAGUGCCAGCCUGGCGCCAGCCCCUGGCCUAGCACCUCAGCCCCCCAGCAUCCCCGAGCUGCCCCCACGACCCUCCACCGCCGACGCCAUGCCUCCACUGCGGAGCCACAAGCCCACUGUCGCUUCCCUCAGCCCAUACACCUGCUUGCCACCUCUUAGUGGGACACCCCAGCCCCUCGACUCCUAUAGAUUGCAUUCUGAUUCAGCAACUGACCUGCUGUCUGCUCUGACCAAAGAAGAGCAAGACCUCAUCGGGCCAGUGGUUGCUUUGGGCUAUCCCCUGGGAAGGGCCAUUGUGGCUCUGCAGAAGACAGGAAGGCAGAGCCUGAGCCAGUUCCUUGGCUACCUCAGUGCCUGUGAGAGGCUGCUGCGGCAGGGCUAUGACGAGGCCCUGGUGGAUGAGGCCAUGGAGAUGUUCCAGUUCUCCGAGCACCAGGCGGGGGAGUUCCUGCGCCUGUGGCAGCAGUUCAGUGACAUGGGCUUCCAGCCAGACCGGAUCAAGGAGGUGCUGCUGGUCCACGGCAAUCGGCGGGAGCAAGCCCUGGAGGAGCUGGUCGCCUGUGCCCAGUGACAAGCCAGGAUACUCUGUGACACAUGGCUGACCAGUGAAGUACCAGACCCACCACCCAUCCUAACUGCAUUAUUAAAACCUAAUAAGACAAGCCUGGUGGUGGUAGUGCACACACCUUUAAUUCAAGCCCUUGGGAGGCAGAGGCAGGCGGAUCUCUGAGUUCAAGGCCAGCCUGGUCUACAGAGUGAGUUCCAGGACCUCCAAGGCUGUUAGAUACUGUCUUAGGGUUUCUAUUGCUGUGAAGAGACACCAUGACCACAACAACUCUUACGAAGGAAAACAUUUCAUUGGGUGGCUUACGGUUUCAGAGGUUUAGUCCAUUAUCAUCAGUGUGAGACAUGGCAGCAUGCAGGCAGACUUGGUGCUGGAGAAGGAGCUGAGAGAGGGGAAGGAGCUACAUCUUAAUACACAGGCCACAGGAAGUGGUCUCAGACACUGAGUGUGGCUUGAGCACAUAUGAGACCUCAAAGCCCAACCCCACAGUGACACACUUCCUCAACAAAGCCACAUCUACUCCAACAAAGCCACACCUCCUAAUAGUGCCACUCCCUAUGAGCUUAUGAGGGCCAAUUACAUUCAAACCACCACACACAGUGAAACCUGUUUGGGGGAGGUGGGGGACCAAUCCAAAACAAAACCAAACCAAUAAGACUAAAGCCAGGUGUGGUGUCUCAAGCCUUUAAUCCCAGCACUCAGGAUGCAGAGAAGAUGGAUUCUUGAACUUGAGGCCAGCCUGGUCUACAGAGUUCCAGGACAGCCAGGACUACACAGAGAAACCUCAUCUAGAAAAACAAUUAUGAAAUUAAAAAUAAAAAAUUACCUAAGAAAGCAGGGCAUGCUUACUGUGAAGCACAGAGAAUGUCAUGGGUGGGAGUCGUUGCUGAACAGCCAUUGCUAGAAGCAGCAGGUAGAGAGGAACUGUUUUUCGGGCAAGCCUUGGAAAGCAUUCUGUAUUUAACUCUUUAAACUAUGUGCAUUGGUUUUGAGACAAUUAAGUAAAUGACAGGAAUUAUCUUGAACCCUGCAUGUUUGGGACCGUGGUGUGGGAAACCCUUAAUAUAUAUCAGACACCCUGAGUUCUUUUUAAUGUAUUUAUUUUAUGUGUGUGUGUAUAUGGGUGCGCACACACAUGCACGUAUGCACAUAUAUGCAGGUACCCACAGAAGCUAGAAGAGGGCAUCAGAUCCCCUGGGGCUGGAGUUAUAGGUGGUUGUAAGUCACCUGAUGUAGGUGCUGGGGACCAAACUCCAGUCCUUUACAGGAGCAGCACGUGCUCUAAAGCUCCUGACUGCUGAGACACUUCUCCGGACACACCCCGAGUUCUUACUCUCCCAGCUUCGAAUUCCUAAGGAAAAAUAUAAAACUGACCCGAGUUCCUAUGGUGACGCAUGCCUUUAAUCCCAGCCCUCAGGAGGCAGAGGCAGGCAGAUCUCUGUGAGUUUGAGGCCAGCCUGGUCUGCAUAGCAAGUUCCAGGACAGCCUGAGCUACAUAGCAAGACCCUAUCUCAAACAUAAUAAAACAGAGGAAUCUGACUAGGUCUACAUUUUCCAGACCUGGCUCCUCUUCCAUGAGAGUUCUUAGGGAAUCCCUGGGUCCUGCACCUUAUAUUCUGAUUCAGAAAGCACAGAUGGCCAGGCCUCCAGGAAUUUGGGGUUUUGUUGUUGGUUGGUUAGAAUUACAUUGUUUUGUUUUUGCGUGAGGUAUCUAUGUUACCUGGUUGGUCUUGAACUUGUGAGCUCAAGUGAUCCUCCUGUGACCUCAGUCUCCCAGGUAGUUGUCCAACCUUGUUUUAUAUCUGAGGCUCUCUGGAGGCCUUUGCAAUGCAGCAGGCCCAUGACCCCCGUGCCUGACCCCCUAGACCACCAAUCUGUGCCCCUUUCUGCUCUGAUAAUCUGGGUCCUAUACCAGCCUGUUAUCUUUGGGGGGCGGGGUUGGGACAACAGUUGUCUCUAGCCACCCCAAGCCUAUAUUUAAGAGGCCUCUAGGGAUUGAGAGGGCCAGUUGCUGGAGUGGCCUGUGACUCAGGCAAGAGGUCAAAGGCCAAAGCACUGGUGCCCUUGCCUCUGACAGCAGCCCACCUGAAGUCCUCUAACAGUUACCAGGAUUCGGACCUUUCAUUCUCUUGGCUCUAGAAACGGAGAUGGAGCCGGAGCCUGUGGAAAGCCCAGGGACAGUGCCCAGAGCACUCCACUCCUUGCUCAGUUGUGUAUUGGGGACUUCUGCAGCUGAAACAGCAAGCUCGGGACUGUUACCCAGCUCUCCAGAGGCCCACCAACUCCCUUGUGCUUUCCACUAGUCUCAGUGCCAGCCAGCUUGAAGUCACGUUGAAAACACUCCUUGGCCUUCUAACUUGCUUUGAGUAGGUUGAAGGCAGUGCACAGAGGAGUAUUUGGGAAAAUGGGCCAGAGAGCAUGAAGUUGGUCAUGAGUCUGUUGUUGAAAAUUAAACUGACUUGGAAAAGAGUAAAAUUAAGUCUGAAUGCUGACAGGCUGUGAGGGACCUGAGGCUUGUUCCACUUAAGCUAAUCUGGCUCAGAAGGCCCCUUUUAUUAAGUCCAUUGAACUAGAAGUGACCAGCUGGCAGACCCACAAGUCACUCACCACUCCUAUUCUUUCCUAGUGCGAGCAACCCUUCCAUUUCCAUCCCUGGGAAACUAUUGAUUACAAAUGAAACAACAGAAACAUUGGUAGUUUGCAAUAAAUAUUGUUUAGUUGUUUUUUAAAAUUUCAUUCAUAGCCGGGCGGUGGUGGCUCACACCUUUAGUCCCAGCACUUGGGAGGCAGAGCCAGGCGGAUCUCUGUGAGUUCAAGGCCAGCCUGGGCUACCAAGUGAGUUCCAGGAAAAGGCACAAAGCUACACAGAGAAACCCUGUCUCAAAAAACCAAAAAAAAAAAAAAAAUUUCAUUCAUAUAUAUGGCUUUGUAAGUUUAAUUAGGGUUGUUUACAGGAGCAUGGGCAAAUUUGCCAGUAGCCACACUACUGAAGAAAAUGUCUUUCCUUCCCUCACAGCUUUUAACUGCCUAUAGGAUCUAUGGUUUAUCUCCUCAGGGAGGGGUGGGGCCUCACAAACCACACCCCCUUAAAGAUUGUUUUAGAAGGUGGAAAAAUAGAGUUUGAGACAUAGACUCUGAAAUCAGAUAGGGCUACAAGUUCAGUCUUAUUGAUAACUAGCUGUGUGAACUUUUGAAAGUUGUUCGUCUUCCCUGUGCCUCAGUUUCUCAUUCAUAAAAUACAGACUGAAACUUUUCAAUGAUGCUGAUUGAGUGGGAUAGUGCAUAGGAUGCUUGUGGCACUAUCUACCAGCCCAUUCACAUAUUUCCUCCCUUUCCCUGUCCUGUAGCCCCACCCUUCUCUGCUCAUCUCUCUGUCAUUUAACGAACACCAGCUGUUAUGAUUUGCUUACAUGUUCCCGAAAGUUUCAGACUUAGUUCCCAGCUGAUGGUGCUGGUGGGGAAUGGUAAAAGGAAGUCACACCAUGUGCUUGCCGAGACCCUGGCCCCUUCUCUCUUCUCCGCUUUUCGGCCACUGUUAUGGGAGCAGCUUUGCUCUAUCGUGGACUCCCACCAUGAAGCUCUGCCUCACCACAGGCCCCAAACAACAGAACAGAGCGACCAUCAUCUGGAACCUCUGAAACUGUGAGUCAGAAAUGUCCUUGGUUUUCUCACUCAUUUUCCCAGCUACAGAAAACUAACACAGCUGAAUUCUGUAACCAAACUCAAUACCUGAGCAAAUCUGUCCCCUGAAAGACAAAUUGCUAAACGGUUUUAUUAAUAAAAAAAACCCUGGAGCCAUAUAUUUGGGUAAAAACUGAGAGAUCAGGGAAGCAGAAAGAAGCCAUCACGUUCUUACCACUAGAAAUCCUCAGCAAAGAGAGCUACUUCCUUUAUACCCACACCUAUAUCCUUUCUGUGCCCUGCCAUCUCACUUCCUCUUUCUGCCCAGCUCUAUCACUUCCUGUCUGUCUGUACAAACCUCCAGACCUCCAUGGAUAGUGCUAGGAUUAAAGGUGUAUGCCACCAUGCCUGUCUCUAUUCCCAGUGUGGCCUUGAACUCACAGAGAUCCAGAUGAAUCUCUGCCUCCCGAAUACUAGAAUUAAAGGCGUGUGCUACCAUUGCCUGACUUCUAUGUUUAAUAUAGCGGUUGGCUUUUUCCUCUGAUCUCUAAAUAAGCUUUAUUUAUUAGAGCACAAAUAAAAUAUCACUGCAGUC